AUGGCGGUGCACCGGGGACCCUCAACGAAAUGGCUCUUCACCCGGGAACAGCUUGAAAACACGCCGUCUCGACGCUGCGGCAUCGAGGCCGACAGGGAGCUUUCGUACCGACAACAAGCCGCCAACCUCAUCCAAGAUAUCGGCCAGAGGCUCAUCGUCUCUCAACUGAUCAUCAACACCGCUAUAGUGUACAUGCACCGAUUUUAUAUGAUUCACUCUUUAACCAAGUUCCACAGAAAUAUUAUUUCCCAAACAACAUUGUUCCUGGCAGCCAAGGUUGAGGAGCAGCCCCGGAAGCUGGAGGACGUCAUUAAAAAAGCUCACGCCUGCAUAAACCCCCAAGAGCCUGCCCUAGACACUAAAAGCAAUGCAUUCCAUCAGCAGUCACAAGAGCUUGUAGCACUUGAAACCAUUGUCUUGCAAACGCUAGGUUUUGAAAUAACUAUAGAUCAUCCGCACACAGAUGUUGUGAGGUGCUCCCAGUUAGUAAGAGCAAGCAAGGAUUUGGCACAGACUUCCUAUUUCAUGGCUACCAACAGUUUGCACCUCACCACGUUCUGCCUGCAGUAUCGGCCUACCGUGGUCGCCUGCGUCUGUAUUCACCUCGCCUGCAAAUGGUCCAACUGGGAGAUCCCCGUGUCGACCGACGGAAAGCACUGGUGGGAGUACGUGGACCGAACGGUGACGCUGCAACUGCUGGAUGAGCUCACGCACGAGUUCCUUCAAAUCCUGGAGAAGACGCCGAGCAGGCUGAAGAGGAUACGAAAUUGGAGGGCCAUUCAAGCUGCUAAGAAGCCAAAGACUGAAGGCGCCUCUACGGACGGCACAUUCCAGGGAGCUUCCUUAGACAACCUGUCCGGCGUGGCCGGCUCUUUCUUCCCUUCCACCUCGUCGUCGGACGCUGCCGAAAUAUCCCUCGGCGCCGUGACGGGCCCCUACGCCUCUUACCAGCCGCUUGGCGACCCUUUUUCACAGCCCUCUCAUUCGGACUUCACUUUGUUAAAACACGAACACAAAACGGCCGCCGCGUGUAAUUCCCUGCAGCCGACGGCGAACGCCGCGCCUUUUUUGCGGCCGCAGAAAGUCUUAACUCUGGAAAAGUACAGGGAGAAACAGGCAGCCGAGCUGGCCAUGCACAACGGCGUCAAGGACGAAGCCGGCGCGGACCUCUACGCGCCGCCCGCAGUUGCCUCACACCACCACAAGAAGCGGUGCCAGGUGCCGCCGGGCGGCCAGUCGGGCGAAGGCAGGCGAGAGAAAUCCGGCUCAAAAAAGACUCGCGCGCCUGUUGCGCUCACUGAAAACGGCUCGGCCGCCGGCGAGGAGCUCAAGAUGAGGAUCAAAGUUUCAUCGGAGCGCCACGGCGGUUCCGAUCAAGGCAAAGACAAGCACAAGGAGUACGCCGGUCACCGUCACUCCAAACACGGCCACUCCCACCCGUAUUCCCUGGGCGCCUCCGCGUCCCAGCGGGCUCCCGGCGCCGACUCUGGUUCGGGCUCCUCGCGAAAGAGGCCCCAGCCGGACGGAGGACGACACCACAAUCACCACCACUCGUCCAAGAGCGGCCGGAGCUCGAAGGCGGCCGUCGGCUCGUCGCGCUACUCCGACGGCGGGCAGCGGCUAACGGAGCACCACGGCCACGACGGUACCAACGGCCUGCUGACGGCCAACGGCCAACACACUGACUACAAAGACACUUUUGAUAUGCUGGACUCUUUACUAAGUGCCCAAGGAAUGAACUUAUAA